AAAAAAAUAAAAUUAUUAAUAAAUUAUUAAUUAAACUUACAAAAUGCAGUGGGACGAAGAUAUUGAUUUACUAGUGGGCAAAAAGCCAUUACCAAAACAAGGAAGGAGAUCAAACAAACCAUUAGAAGAUGAAGAAAACGCUGUUGAGUCUCCCAAAGAACUUGAAGACAUACUCAUGAAGAGUCGAAAAACUAGUUUGUGGAGUGAAGAAUUGCCAAAAUCCAGCAGAUCGAGUUCAGGAUCAAAUAUGAUUGAAUUGGAAAGGUUUCAAAAAGAGAAGAAGAAUGAAGAUGAUGAUAUUCCCAUAAUUCCUGAUGUAGAUGAUAUUCAAGAUGAUAACUUGAAUAUGCCAGAUAUCAAGCCUGUUGCUUCAGUAAAUAAGUCCACUUACAAGGAGUUGGACAGCCAGUUUAGUACUUUAAAAAACGAGCAAUCGAGUAUUGGAAAUUUAAGUAACAUUGAUCUCACUAUAUUAACGAGCAGAUUAUAUCCCGAGAAGGAAGUUCAAGCCUGCUCGGAUAUUUGGACUUUAGAUUCUUUAUUCCAUGAUUUAUCUAGAAGCGAUUGAAAUAUAUUUGUUUUGUUAAAUCAAGUCCGUCC